UAGAUGGAUGGACAGACAGAUGGAUGAAUGGACGGACAGAUGAACAAAUGAGUGAACAAACAUUCCAAGUGGGAUCUGUGUGAGGGUCUGGGCACUUGUCUUAAGAUCUUGAGAAAGGGAGAAACUGUGGGCUACUCAAGAUGGCUAGGCUCUGCAGAUGGGGGCUGGUCCCCUCCCUGAUAGCUCUUGGUGGAAAGCUGGCUCACCUUAGUUACUGCUCCAUUUUCCAGGAAGCUCGGUCUUGUUGUUGGUUCUCUUGCCCAGCUGUCGCCCAUGAUUUGGGGUAGUGAGUGAGACAACUGACAUUCGCACCUCGUGGGGUCCACAUUGGGAAGGAUAGCUAGGGAGGGAAUUAUAGAUUUCUUUAAACUCUUGGUCUUUGGGGUGCAUCCAAGGCACCUUCCCACAAUGGCAAGAAACCUUCCUGGACAUUUGAGAGCUUGAGAUCACGACCCUACUCCGCCACUCCCUUGACUUCUGGCCAUUAUUUUCUUGUCUGUAAAGUACAGAAUAAUAACUGCUGUCAUAAGCUGUGGUGUUAAAGGUCAGUAGGCGUCAGGCCAAGCACUUUGUGUACCUAACCAGGCUGAGCUAAGAGGUGGGUAUUACUGUCCCUGUUUUACAGAUGAGCUUGAAGUUCAGAGAGAUCGAGUCAUUUGCCUGAAGACACACAGACCAAGUGUAUCCUUAACACCGGCUGUAAUAAACUCCAGGAUGUGGUCCAGUCUGAAAGAGUGGCUGUGGCAGGACAGGUUCUGGCUACCACCCAAUACCUCAUGGGCUGAACUGGAGGACAGGGAUGGCCUGGUCUAUGCCCACCCCCAGGACAUGCUGGCGGCCCUGCCCGUGGCACUGGUUCUGGUAGCCAUGCGCUUCACCUUCGAGAGACUUGUCGGCCUGCCCCUGAGCCGGUUGCUGGGUGUGCAGGAUCAGGCCAGGAGGCCGGUGAAACCCAAUGCCACAUUGGAGAAACACUUCCUCAUGGAAGGAUGGAGACUCAACAAGCCUCAGAUGGCUGUCCUGGCCACGCAGUGUGGCCUCACGCUGCAGCAGACACAACGCUGGUUCCGAAGACGCCGGAACCAGGACCGACCUUGCCUGAGCAAGAAGUUCUGUGAAGCCAGCUGGAGGUUUGUCUUCUACCUGUGCUCCUUCUUUGGUGGCCUCUCGGUCCUCUACCACGAGUCAUGGAUGUGGAGGCCAGUACUGUGCUGGGACAAUUACCCAAACCAGCCCCUGAAGCCAGCCCUCUACUAUUGGUAUCUCCUCGAGCUGAGUUUCUACAUCUCACUGCUGAUCACAUUGCCCUUCGACACCAAACGCAAGGAUUUCAAGGAACAGGUGGCGCACCACCUCGUGACCAUCACCCUCAUCACCUUCUCCUACUGCGCAAACCUGCUGCGCAUUGGCUCUCUGGUGCUGCUGCUGCAUGACUCAGCAGACUACCUGCUGGAGGCCUGUAAGAUGUUCAACUAUGCCCACCAGUGGCGAGUGUGCAACUCUCUCUUCAUCGUCUUCUCCUUGGUCUUCCUCUACACGCGCCUUGUGCUCUUCCCCACCCAGAUCCUCUAUACCACAUACUACGAGUCCAUUGCCAACUCAGGCCCCUUCUUCGGGUACUACUUCUUCAACUCGCUUCUGAUGAUGCUGCAGCUGCUGCACGUGUUCUGGUCUUGCCUCAUCCUUCGUAUGAUCCGCAGUUUCAUAAAGAAAGGCCAGAUGGAGAAGGACAUUCGCAGUGACGCGGAGGAGUCGGUGUCGAGUGAAGGGGAGGAAGCCCAGGAGCAUUCACAGCUCAAGAACGGGGCAGCUCAAGGCCCCCAGGCAACCCCCACUGAUGGCCCUCGGAGCCGGGCAGCUGGGCGGCUCGCCAAUGGGCACACGUUGGCCACGUAGCUGGCUGAGGACUGGCUGUGAGGGGUUGCCCCCAGUGCCUUGGAUUUGUGGGGUGGCUGGACUGGCAGCCCUUGGGCCAGCUCUGUGAAGACAGGGAGGGCCCCACCCCAGGGUGGGGGGAGGGCUGGUGAUCUGUCUCCAAUCCCUUCCUUCUGCCUCCCUCCCACCUUCCCUCAGGCCAUUAGACAGAGCUGGGGGAUGGCAGGCUGCUGCAGCCCAACAGAGCCACCACCAGGCUCUUCAGUCCCCAGGUUGAAAGGGGUACAAUAAAACUUGAACAGAGCCAAA